AUGGAGAACCACCACAUCGACAGGAUCCUCAAUAAUCGCACGGACUAUUACGUGGUGCUCGGCAUACCGAAGACCGCCGAUGCAGCGAGUAUACGCCGCAGCUACUACCGGCUGGCCCAGCAGCUCCACCCGGACAAGAAUCCAGACAAGAAGGCGGGGGAGGCGUGUCGUGUGGUAAUUGAAGCUUAUGAGGUACUAAAGGAUGACAUCCGGCGGGCCGUCUACGAUCGACACGGCGUGGAAGGAGCGAAGAAGGUUGAGGACCUGAGGUCUCUGUCGUUUACUGAAUUCCUCAAUGCCUUGUCGGUGUUCGCUGCAACGAAAGUAAUUUAUGCUGCGGCGCGCUGCGGGCAGACUGUGGAAACGGUGGAAACGAAAUUCCCCUGGACGGAGAGGUUCGCCUCAAGGAACGCGGGAGAUGAAUUUGCGCGUUGCCUAGAGCAGUACCGUGAGGAGUGCAGACGGUCUGUGCAGAAGAAAUAUGGUCUGGUGCUGCUGAUUAUGCUGAGCAUCACUGUAGUAGUAUUCGUUCACCAUGGCGUUGUUGGGACGGGAAAAGAAGAAAGGGGGCGCGAUGCUUACUGGAAUUUCAUCCAGAGCAGCAGAAGCAAAAGCGAUACGGGCGCCACAUUCGUCUUCCAUCCGGAAGGUUCCGAGAACGCAACAGGCGUUCUCGUUUGGCGUCCAAGUAGCGCUAACGAAGAGGACGCCCGAGCGUUUGUGCAGCGGUGGUGCCGCGAGGUGUGCCCAACGGAGCAGCUCCUUUCAUGGGCGUCACGUGAGCGCUACGAGCCGACCGCCAUUCUUCGUGUUGGGUCGCGGCUCAAGGCAGCGCCAAGCCCAAACCGUGCAGCGAAGCGUAAGUGGCCUCCUAAGCGGUGGCGACCGAAAUUUGUGGAGACCUUCUCCGUGGAGUCUAAUGAUGAUCUGUAUGUGGCCUCACCGCUUUGUGAGCGAUUGGGCUGA